UGUAUCAUAAUAUCCCGUGUACGCGCUUUUACGUGUUGCUAUCAGAAACAGGUCGACCUGUUUGAACCAAUGAAUCCUCGGUACUUUCUUCGCCUGGCCUAUAGUGUCCAAGUACAAUCGAUAAAAUAAAGAAUAUUCCCUUGCGACAAGAUAACUUAUCUUGAAACUGCAAUCUCGAGUGCUUUGUGUUGAUAGUGCAUUCGGAAGAAUAGUGGACUCAGGAACUACAAGUGUGUGACGUGUUUUUCAAAGUUUUUUUUUUUUCUUCAGAAAGUGAUUACUGUGAUAUUGAAGAUUGAUGAAACUCUGGGAUUCUCUCGAUUAUUGUGGUUAAUUCUCAUAGUUAAAACUCUUUUCUUCCCUAUUCUGAUAAUUUCCCCAAGCCAUAAUCCUAAUUGACCAUCAACGACCCGAAAUGUCUGAGUGAAGACUUUCGCCAAAUUCCCCAUCAUAAUCGAGAGCCUGAAACCCAUUCAAGAAAUCACAAAAUGCACACCCUUUUCGGGGAACAAAACGCCUACUACCGGCACGCGACGGCCGUUCCAGUAGGUAUGGGGACACCGACUUACCCGAGCGUCGGCGCCACUCCGGGGUAUUACGAACAAUACCGCUACGGGGGCUAUGCGACGGCCGCCGGGUACCAGGUUACGGGGAUUUCCCAGCAGCACUUUCAUCACCCAGGCAAGGACAUGGUGAAACCACCUUACAGCUACAUCGCCCUUAUCGCAAUGGCAAUCCAGCACGCCCCAGAUAAGAAGAUCACCCUAAACGGGAUUUACCAAUACAUCAUGGAGCGUUUUCCCUACUACAGAGAGAACAAACAAGGCUGGCAGAAUUCCAUCAGACACAAUCUGAGUCUUAACGAGUGUUUCGUUAAAGUCCCUCGGGAUGAUAAGAAACCAGGAAAAGGCAGCUACUGGUCCCUUGAUCCGGACAGUUACAACAUGUUCGACAACGGAUCCUAUCUAAGAAGACGAAGACGUUUCAAGAAGAAGGAUGCUCUUAAAGAGAAGGAGGAAGCAAUGAAACGACAGGGAAUGGUGCAAGAAAAAAGGGUGGAAGAUAAACCAUUGAAUCACAUUUUGCCAACUUCUGACAAUUCCUCCAAGAAGAUCAUGGAUAGUGGGCUUUGUAAGCCUAAGAGGGAACCCAUCAAUGAUCCGAGUAGCUCUCAUUGUAUGAUCAGUAAAUAUGCUCAUAGUCCCAUUCAAGAAAACAAGAAUUCGAGUACAACACAAAGCGUGAUUCAGAGUGCACUCGGUGCUCAUUCAGUACAUCAGGUGCAUCAAGAACCCAUCCAGGAUGUGUCGAUGGGGUUGGAUCCAGCGAGCUUCAGUGUUGAUGCGCUGAUGACGAGUCGGGAAAAUGGAACGCUGAUGAACAAUUCUCCUCGAGAGCAUCAGCAUCAUCAGCACCACCAACAACAUCAUUCCCAUUUACCUCAUGGACUUCAACAUCCACAUGGACAUCCACAUUCCCUAAUGUCUGCGUCCAGGGAGACAAUGGGAUCUGUUGGUUCCAGGGAUCUUUCUGUGGCCACUACAACAGCAACUACGACAGCCACCGUCGCAGCCAUGAUGGCUUCUUCAGGCUAUCCACAUGUGAAUCCUUCGAGGGGAAAUCCUUCACCACCUACUAGCGUGUAUUCUCCCUAUUGUCCCUCUGGAUACAUUAUGGACCAUAAUAACCAUAAUAACAGUGGACAUACACAGUGGUACCAGGAAGCUGCUAGUCCUGAUCCUGCUAGCAUCUACCAGGAGACUCCGAGCUGUCAACUUUAUAGAUCAAGCCCGCCAACGCCUCUCUCUUCAGGUGCAGCACCUUCACCACCCCUUUAUCACAGAUAUUAUCAGGACUGCAAUGCUGUAACUUCGAGUGGAAAUCUACCAAUCACGUUGCAUAAAUACUGAGAAUAUCGAAACUCAAGGUCUGAUCGAGACCUUGAAGGGACUACCAAUCAGUAUGACCCGAACCAUGUCUUCGUCAAACAAGAAUGGAUUCCCUCGUCGGAGGAAUUGUCAAAAGAGUGGAAUUAAAGUAAUGAAUGUUCCAAUUAUAAAAAUCCUCAGCAAUGUUACCUUCAUUUUAUUCAAAUCAAGUCAGUGAAAAGGGAGGAAUCGUGAUUCAUUUUAUAUCGAUCUCAAUUUGCCGUCGCUAAAAUAUUCCGAAAAGGUCCGCCUGAAAUAAACUUUCCAGCCUUGAAAUAUUGGCAUAUGAGCUGUCAAAAGCAAACGUCUGUUGAAUAUCGUUCCAAUAUUUUUUAUCGUAAUUUUGGAAAAUUACGAAUUCUCUUUCAAGCAGUCAUCAGCUAAGCAAAUACCUUUCCUGACCUCACCCAACCGGCAUUCAAAUUUCGCUACACAAUUGUGCAAAUCAUGACAUUUGCAAAAACAUGUUUGCUGGUUCUUUUAAAAAAUAUUUUCGGAUUCUGUCAACGAACGAAGACAAGGUGAAGUCGCUUUCUUAAAUGUAGCAUACAAUUGAAGAAACAUCGAGUUAAAAAUUAAAAUUUUUUAUCCAUUUCUUUCUUCUCAUUAUUGUUAAUAUAAAAACCCCCAUUUUUUUACAAAGUGCAACAAAACCUGAAAAAGACUGGACAUUUAAAGAAUGCUUUUGGAAUAUUCAAUUUAAUAAUCCACUCGGUUAUGUGCAUUUAUCGUACCGUGAAACCUGAACUUGAAAAAAAGUUAGGAUUGCACGUGCGAAAGAGAGCUGAGAUAUAUUUAUUGAUAUAGAAUUAUAGCGUUUAUUAUAUAUUAAAAAAAUAGUGUGAAUAGAUAAGUCGUUAGUUAGGUAGAUUACGAUUGUACGAACUCGAAAAAGUGUAGAAAAAUUGUUGUAGGCUCCAGAGACGUUAAGAAAUCAGAAAAUUGUCUUGGACAGGUCCAGGGGAAUUUUUUUUGACUUUUUUUUUCUCUGAAAGAGUAGAUCUCUGUGUGUAUAUUGAAGAGGCGUAUAAAUAGGCAUAGAUUGUAUAGAACAUAGAAUAUGAAAGAUAUAUUAAUAGAAAUGAAAUAAUUAUAUGAAACACGCGAAAUGCCAUAAAUACACAAUCCGUAGUUGUCAACGAUGAUAAUUGUUAUUAUUAAC